CAAAGUACCUUUGUUUGACUGACUUGUCAAACCGGGUCCUGACUCCCCAUCUCCACUGGCCCUCCAGGUGGAAAUUGACAAUUCUGUGGCACUUCUAGAGAGAGGUUUUGGAGAACCCCAGUGCCCAAUCCAGUUGACAGCUGCACACUUCAGAAAGUUCUUCAAGAGUUUCCAAGUCUUUGUGUGAGCUGUUAUUGAGCACAUAAUAGAUACUACCAUUCAGAGCUCUCUGUAUUCGUUGACCCAAAGAAUUUUACAAACACCUUUGCUAUGGAAUUCAUUACUAUUUUAGCACCAGUACAAAUGAGAGCUUACCUUGUGUACACAUGCUGUCAGCUGUCCUUUCUCACUUGACUUAAAGCAGACAACUUGAGACUGAGUUCUGUUCAAGUCCACCAGUCCAAUUAAAGUUGGAGAGUUUACUGUAAUUGUUAGUUUUAAUAUAAGCUUUUCUCCAGAUUUCUGCACAUUGCUAUGUUACUUGUUGGAAGCUACCCUCUAUAUCCCAUUGUGCUGGGAGAAGCUGGAAUUUGAAGUCUAAUUUGAAGAGCUUGCAGGCAGAUGGCUAAGGUUGAAGACUGUGAUUUAGGAGAGCUGCAUAUAAUUCCCAGGUCUCUGGCAGGUGCCUUAUGUGACCUUGGAAAAGUCACUUACGCCCAGAUCUCCAGAAGUAUUUAGGCACCUAACUCCUAUGGACUCCAGUAGGAGUUAAACACCUAAACACUUUUGAGGCUUGAGGCCUUAAUCUCUCUGUGCCUCAGUUCUCCAUCUGCAAAAUAGGGAUAAUAGCACUUUCUUUGGCUACUUUAUUCAGAGUGUUAACCCUUCAUGGCAGGGAUGGUCUCUCUCUAUUUGUGUGUAGAGCACCUGGCACACUGGGUGGGGAGCUCUAGCAUUACCACAAUACUACAAGUAAGGGCUUUGCAAAGCUAAUCAUAGAAUCGCAGGGUUAGAAGGGACCACAAGGGUCAUCUAGUCUAACCCCCUGGCAAGAUACAGGAUUUGUUGUGAUUAUUUAUCAAAUGCAACCUGGAAUUGCUUAAAGGAAAGUAAAUAAGACAUUUUAUGCAUUGAGUCAGAAUUUAAAGCCAGAAGGGACCAUUAGUUCAUUUAGUCCGGUAUCUGACAGGCCAUUAAAUUUCACCCAAUUACCCUUAUGUUGAACCCAGUAACUUGUGUUUAGCUAAAGCAUAACUUCCAGAAAGGCAUCAGAGAUGGAGACUCGACUGUUUCCCUUGGUAGCUUGUUCUAGUGGUUAAUCACUAUCAUGGUUAAAUUCAAAUUGGAAAUAAAGCACACACUUUUAUCUGGCUUGAGCUUUCAGCCAUUGAUUUCUUGUGCCUUUGCCUGCUAGAUUGAAGAGCCCCUUAACCCUCAGUAUCUUCUCCCCAGGAGAAGGUACUUGUACAUUGUAGUGAAGUCACUUCUCAAUCUUCUUAAUAAGCUAAACAGGCUGAGCUCUUUAAAUCUCUCCCUGCAAGGCAUUUUCUCCAGCUCUUGAAUUGUUUUUAUGGCUACUCUGGUUUGGUUUGAUAAGAUUCAUUCUGGAACCUGAUCCAAAGCCUAUGAAGCCAACCAUUGAUUUCAAUGGGCUCUGCGUUUGGUCCUCACUGCUCAUGCCAGAGGCUGAAUAGAUAACUCAGGCGGCUGUCAUCAGGGACAGCACUGGCAGUGGCAGUGCAAGCCCACGCUGUCCAGCCAGCGUGCUUCAAACUUGUCCUGGUGCAACCAUGUCAGUCUCCAUGGCCCCUCAGUCCUUGGCCUCUGGAGAGCUGCCAGCUGUAGUGGUUAUGUUUGUGGUGUGGAUUCUUGCCCGCUAACCACUGGACUGAGGCCACUGAAGUUAUUUAACAUGGGCCACUGAACUCUCAUCAGCUGGUAACCGCUGUUGGUCACAGCUGACCAGGGCUGGUGGCCUGUAGGUUAAAGGCUCGGUAGCCCAUUAUCAGUAUUCUGAAACAUCUGGAUCCCCUGGGAUUUGAUUAGUUUGCUAUGUUUCCUGUCUAAAUAGUGAUUUAUUUUCUAGAGGAAAGGUCUUUCCCUGUCCUAGAGCAAACAGCUGCACUGUUUGCAGAUAGAUCUUUUGAAGGCUGUUGUAUGUUUGCUGAGUACAGGCACCAGGAAUGGAAGGGGGAGGGAAGAGAGGCAGGGGUGGAUUCUCUGCCACUGCAGCUUUUUUCUCUGUUUAAAUUCUCAAUCUGUAAAAUGCAGCUUUCUGUUCAGACUGGGUCCGGUGUUGGGGAAUCCUGUCCGACUGGCUUAGAGGCACUUUGGAACACUGAUUCAGAGCAGUGCAGGAGUGUUGUGCCAAUAAUAAAGGGUGAAGAGAAGCACACCUUUUGCUGUCAAUGCGCCUGCAGCUCUUAUGGCAAAGAUGGUCCAUUGUGAUAGUUUAUUGCUAAAAUUAAUGAUUUCCGCUGCACUGCUGGAUCAUCCCUCAGGUGGCAUGUGCAGAUGGGGGGCCUCUGCUCUGAAAUCUCUCCUGUCCCUCUGUAGGGUUGGAGAGCCACUCAACAGACAGGUAUAGGGAACAAACUGGGGAAAGGGCAUGGAUAACAGUGAAAGGGUAACAGCUGGCAUCAGGCUGCAUUUUCUUAUAUGCAGUCCCUACCCCUCUAUUCAGGUAAUAGAACUUUCCCUAUGGAGAGUUAAGGCAUAAAGGGAGCCCUGACCGUACAGUUGCAUUAGACCUGUGCUAAAUAAGCAUCUGAGAGGGCUAUAUGGCCCCUGAGCCAGAGCAGAGGCAUUUGACAGACUGCUCUGGGCCCAUGCAGAUUGUCUGUCUGAGAUCCAUUGGUUCUGUCGGCUGCACUGUGACAGAUUUGGCAAUUUCCUGCAAUAUUCUUUGGAGACCUUUUGAGUUUAUUAAGCUACAGAAAGAUGGGGUUGUGCAUAACUGCAGGAGGGGUAUUUGCAUUCACUGUCCCUUAGCCAUUCCCCAGGCAAACCACUUUUUUUGGUUCCAAAAGUCCAUUCUCAUCUGGCACUUCAAGGGUGAUUUCUCUCUAAAGAAAUCAGCUGAGCUGCCCUGUCAGGGUUCUGUUUCUUAAUCUGAAACAGUUAUGAACUUGUAACCACAGAGAGAACCCUGUUGUGAGUUUGGAAGAUAUGAGUUUGGAAGAUCUAGUGUCAGAACAGGUACCAGAGUCCGAGGCUGAAGUUAGGGUGCUCUCUGAUAAGCUUUUUAGCAUGCAUGUAGGAUUUUUAUAGUUUUUAAUGUAUUUUUCUUGAAUGCUUUCAUCUUAAGAAUAAGCAUGCUUGCUUGUUAGAAAGGGCUGUGUAGUAACUUAUAACUGUGGGCCAUUGAAUUGUUCAUAGAGUCUGGAGGGAAAGCAACAUGCAGACACUAGUUUAGGCACGAUGGCUUGCUGCAAAUAUCAGUGUAGGCAGGGAGCUGGGCAGCCUGGAAACAUGGGUCUCUACCCAAGAGUUAGUGAUGAAUGAGGAGCUGGGAGCCUACGGUGUCCUGGGCAGGCCACAGAGGGAGAAUACAAGUGCAGUUGCCUGGAGCUGUGACAUGAACCACUCACUAAUUUGGUGAUUGGGGGGGUUAACACCCCCACACCCAAUGGAAUGAUCUGGGGGAUGCUGUGAGGGGGAAACUUACAAAUUUCUCUCACCUGGCUCCCUCCUGUGGAUUUUUUCGGUGCAUGUGGAUGAUAUUCAGCCAAUUGCUGGCAGGGCAGACUGCACCCUGUACAGACAAGUGGCCAGAGAGCUGUCUUCUCAUCCUCCCUUCGGCUAGGUAUCAAAAUAGUGAUGUGCACAGCCAAACCCAUGGAGUUGUGCAUGAGCUUAGGCAGAGUAUUCUCUGCCAAAUUAUUCGCAUAAAAUCCAAUACACACUCGUUUCUUUGAGGAUAGAGAAUAACCUCCCACACCACAGUUGGUUCUGGAUCAAGAGUCUUCUUGUGUUUUCCUGUGAUCAAAUGCAAAGGGGCCUCCUGACCGUUAGAUCUGCUCUUGCUUGUUCUUUAGCAGAGACUUUAGAUUGUUCUCAGCCCUCCCUUGUAUCUGCUAAUGUGACGGAGCUCUGUGCAGAGACCACUCUGCGCAGAAAUAACACGGCUCCAGAAUGCAGUCACAGCCCAGUUCCAUGCUCCAAGUAGCAAUCAGUUCUUUUUAUUUGAAUUCUGGUAGGACCUAAAGGCUCCAACUGCAAUUAUGCUAGGUGCCGUACAGCCACUUAGUAAGAGACAGUGUUUGUCCUGAAGGUUUUACAAUCCUAAAUAGGCAAGACAACCAAAGGAAGAAUUAUUAUCCUGAUGUCUCAUUGAGGGAACUGAAAGAGAAGUGACUUGCCCAAGGACAUCCAGGGAGCUUGUGACAGAGCUGGCAAUUGAGCUCAUGUCUCUUAAGUGGGUAUGAAAAUGAAGGUUAUGCAGAUACAUCACAGAAUCUUUUCUGCUGGCCUGUUCCUGUUGGUUCUUGCACGUGGGAAUAGCUGGAUUACUUGCAAUAGUAAGCUCUAUGCAUUGUGGUGAGGUGUAUGCAGGACAGCGGUAGACAAUAAAGCUCACUCCAGACAGCACCAUCUGCCAUAGUAAAGGGAUGUCUUGCUGUCUUGUUGGAGAAUAUGGGAUAUAUUAAAAACAAAUUAUGCCAUAGAUUGAAAGGACCAAAUUCUCUGUUGGUGUAAAUGUGUGGCUAUCCCUUGACUUCAAUAGGGUGGCCUCAGUUUACACCGAGAGAAUUUAGCCUAUAGUAGUGAAUGCUUAGAACAAAAGUUUACUCGCAUGCCUCCACUCCUGCAUUUAGUACUUUUAGGGUUCAUGGUAUGUACUAAUGGCUCACAAAAUGUUACUUGAAAGGGGAAGGCACAAAGUCCCUGCUGAAACUGGCUGAACUCUGUUGUAGCAUUGCACUUCUCCAUUGCAAGUUGGACUGGAUUUUUACAGCUGUGCUGAAAACCCAUCAAAAUAGGUUAGGGUGGAAAUGCUGAUGGACUUUCAACUCUAGCUGACCUAUUGGUGUCUGCUAUAGCAAGGAUCUUCCCAUAGGUGGUGGUUUAAUUCUUGUCCUUUGACCGCUGGAAAAACAAAUGUCUGAAAUAUCUGAAGGAGGCUAAGGGGGGUCAUUCUGAAGAGAUUCUUACCCACUAGAAUUUUCUGAUGCAUUAGUAGUGAAUUUGGGGAGCUACCUAGAUUAUGUCACAAAUGAACAAGCUCUGUCAGCCUCUCAAGUCAGUUAAAAUCAGAGCCAGCUUUAGGCAUGCACAGAAGUGUUUUGCCCAAUCUCUGUUGAUGUCUGACAGAUACUCAGGAUGUCUCUGUAUAUAGUCAUCGGAUUAGUAGUUGUAGAUGGCUGAGAGGUGGAUGUGAACAGGUGUGUACAGUUUGGAAUAACACAUGUAGCACCCUCUAGUUUAUCUGGGAAGUCCUGGCUUUGUCCAUCCUAUGGAUUUUUGGCCCAGACUUCCCACUGUCCAGUUACACUCAGCUGAUUAAAUCUCUUGCUCCUAAUAAAGUCAGUUCUUGCUGUUUUGCCUCCAGAUUCCAAGUGCUGGGCUUUGGACAGUUGGGCAUGGGAUUUGCCUGUUGUCGUGUGGGACAUCCUGCUCCCAUUCCAGGCCUCUGGUUUUCCACUGAAGUGGAUUAUCCCAACUAUCUAGUGAUUAGUUCUCAGCAGAAGCAUCCCAUAAAUUACUGCUUGAAUUUCCAUACUGCCUCUGUUGAACUGAGUACUGGAGCAAACGAAUCUGGGAGCCUGUCAGCACCUCGUUUUUAGCAUGUCUCGGAGUGCCACGCACCAGAUGUAUGUGCGGCUGGAACGUCCCAGGCGGAGUUGUCCAACGAGAGGGAAUCUAGAGUGAGGCAUUUCCUUUGCACAGAGCACCGAGGCAUUUUGACUGUGGAGAGGGGCAGCUGUGGAUAAAGAACGCUUCUAGAUCCUGGAGAAUCCAGUGAUGUAAAUGGACCUAUCCUGACAAUAUACUGAGUGAAUGCCCAGCCACAGUGGUCCCUGCUGCUGCUGCACCGGGGAGCUUCUGGGGCUUGCUGAAGGAAGAUGGCUUUCUGGACACAGCUGGGAUUGCUGCUAUGGAAGAACUUCACAUACAGGCGAAGGCAGACAUUUCAGCUGCUGAUUGAAGUUGCUUGGCCUCUCUUUAUCUUCUUUAUACUGAUCUCCGUACGCCUUUCAUAUCCGCCCUACGAACAACAUGAAUGUCACUUUCCAAACAAGGCCAUGCCUUCAGCGGGAACCUUGCCCUGGAUCCAAGGGAUUAUCUGUAAUGCCAACAACCCUUGCUUCCGCUACCCAACGCCUGGGGAAUCCCCAGGUGUUGUUGGAAACUUCAACAGGUCCAUCAUUUCCCGCUUGUUCUCGGAUGCCAAGAGGUUACUCUUGUACAGCCAGAAGGACAGCAGCUUAAAGGAUGUUCAGAAACUCCUGGGAAAACUGCAGAAGCUCGGGAACUCUGGCUCAGGUUUGAAACUUCAGGAUUUCCUGGUUGACAAUGAGACCUUCUCAGACUUUCUCCAUCAUAAUGUUUCCAUGCCAUUGUUUGCUGUGGAUGAGAUACUGAAUGCAGAGGUCAACCUCCAGCAGGUCAUCCUGUCUGGCUAUCGAAUGCAGCUGAGAGAUCUGUGCAAUGGGUCAGAGCUGUCUGAAUUCCUUACAAUCCACAACCCAGUAGUCGCAGUGGUCAGCGAAGCCUUCCUCUGCACCAUGCCUAAGGAAAAACUCCACACAGCAGAACAAGCCUUUCGUGCUAAUAUAGACCUUUUGAAGCCUAUACUGAAGGGAAUCGCCUCCAAUUACUCCUUACAGGAUCUGUCAGGAGCCAUGGAGACCUUGGUGGAGAGUCUUGGGACGCUCGUUAAAGAGCUGGUGAGCAUGAAGAGCUGGAGUGACAUGAGGCAGGAGGUGAUAUUUCUGACCAAUGUGAACUCCACAAGCUCCUCCACCCAGAUCUACCAGGCGGUGUCGCGGAUCGUGUGUGGCCAUCCGGAGGGAGGAGGGUUGAAAAUCAAAUCUCUCAACUGGUACGAGGACAACAACUACAAAGCCCUGUUUGGAGGCAACAGCACCGAGGAGGAUGCAGCGAAUUUCUAUGAUAAUUCUACAACACCCUAUUGCAAUGAGCUGCUGAAGAAUCUUGAAUCCAGUCCGCUUUCCCGAAUUAUUUGGAGGGCUCUGAAGCCUUUGCUUAUUGGGAAGAUCCUGUACACUCCUGACACCCCGGUCACGAGGAGGGUCAUGGCUGAGGUGAACAGGACUUUCCAGGAGCUGGGCGUGUUCCGGGACCUAGGAGGGAUGUGGGAGGAGAUAGGCUCGAAGAUUUGGACGUUCAUGGAAAGCAGCCAGGAAAUGGAUCUGAUCCGGACGCUGCUGAAGAGCGAAGGCCUCUGGGACACUCACUUGAACGGCUCAAACUGGACGGUUCAAGAUGUUUCCCUGUUCUUGGCAAAGUCCCCAGAGGACGUUCAGCCAGUGAAUGGCUCCACAUACACCUGGAUGGAUGCCUUCAAUGAGACUGACCAGGCUGUCCAAACCAUCUCCCGCUUCAUGGAGUGUGUCAACCUGGACAAACUGGAGCCCGUGGCCACAGAAGUGCGGCUCAUAAACAGGUCCAUGGAGCUCCUGGAUGAGAGGAGGUUCUGGGCUGGCAUUGUCUUCCCUGAAAUCUCCCCAAACAGUGUAGAGCUGCCUCCUCACAUCAAGUACAAGAUACGGAUGGACAUAGACAAUGUGGAAAGGACAAACAAGAUUAAGGAUGGGUACUGGGACCCCGGUCCUCGUGCUGACCCCUUUGAAGACAUGCGGUAUGUCUGGGGCGGCUUCGUGUAUUUGCAGGAUGUUGUGGAGCAGGCGAUCAUCAGGGCGCUGACGGGCACGGAGAAGAAGACUGGUGUCUAUGUACAGCAGAUGCCCUACCCCUGUUACGUGGAUGAUAUAUUCCUGCGUGUCAUGGGCCGUUCCAUGCCCCUCUUCAUGACUCUGGCCUGGAUCUACUCGGUGGCUGUAAUAAUCAAGGGGAUUGUGUACGAGAAGGAAGCCCGGCUGAAGGAGACCAUGAGAAUCAUGGGCCUGGACAAUGGCACCCUCUGGUUCAGCUGGUUCAUCAGCAGCCUCAUCCCCCUCCUCAUGAGCGCUGGGCUUCUGGUGCUGAUCCUGAAGAUGGGAAACCUGCUGCCCUAUAGCGACCCCAGUGUGGUGUUUGUCUUCCUCUCCGUCUUUGCCGUGGUGACCAUCUUGCAGUGCUUCCUCAUCAGCACCAUGUUCUCCAGGGCCAACCUGGCAACAGCCUGUGGGGGGAUCAUCUAUUUCACCCUCUACCUGCCCUACGUGCUGUGUGUCGCCUGGCAGGACUACGUGAGCUUCUCACUGAAAAUGUUCGCGAGCCUGCUGUCCCCGGUCGCCUUUGGGUUUGGCUGCGAGUACUUUGCAUUGUUUGAGGAGCAGGGGGUUGGCGUGCAGUGGGACAACCUCUUUGAAAGCCCCCUGGAAGAAGAUGGCUUCAACCUCACCAUAUCUGCCUUCAUGAUGUUGUUUGAUACCUUCCUCUAUGGGGUUAUGACCUGGUACAUUGAGUCUGUCUUCCCAGGCCAGUAUGGAAUUCCCAGGCCCUGGUACUUCCCCUUUACAAAGACUUAUUGGUUCGGCGAGGAAUCUGAGGAGAGGCGGCAUGCUCGUUCUGAUCACAAAGGGCCGUCGGAGCACUGCAUGGAGGAGGAACCCAUUCAUCUAAGCCUGGGGGUCUCCAUUCAGAACCUGGUGAAGAUUUAUCGUGAUGGCAAGAAGGUUGCUGUGGAUGGGCUUACACUUAAUUUCUUUGAAGGGCAGAUCACAUCCUUUCUGGGACAUAAUGGAGCUGGGAAAACCACAACCAUGUCCAUCUUAACUGGUUUAUUUCCUCCGACCUCGGGCACAGCCUUCAUCCUGGGCAAAGAUAUCCGCUCCGAGCUCAGCACCAUCAGGCAGAACUUGGGCGUCUGUCCCCAGCACAAUGUCCUCUUUGACUUGCUGACUGUGGAAGAGCACAUCUGGUUCUACGCACGUCUGAAAGGGCUGUCAGAAGAAAAGGUGAAAGAGGAGAUGCAGCAGAUGGUGCUGGAUGUCGGCCUGCCUCACAAACUCAAAGCUAGAACCAGCAAACUCUCUGGUGGCAUGCAGAGAAAGCUGUCGGUGGCCUUGGCCUUUGUGGGUGGAUCAAAGGUUGUCAUUCUGGACGAGCCAACAGCUGGGGUGGAUCCUUACUCUCGCCGAGGGAUAUGGGAACUGCUUCUGAAGUAUCGCCAAGGCCGCACCAUCAUUCUGUCCACACAUCACAUGGAUGAGGCAGACAUCCUAGGGGACAGGAUCGCCAUCAUUUCUCAUGGCAGACUGUGCUGCAUUGGCUCUUCCCUGUUCCUGAAAAACCAGCUGGGAACAGGCUAUUACCUGACCCUGGUCAAGAAGGACGUGGACUCUUCACUGAGCUCCUGCAGAAACAGCAGCAGUACGGUGUCGUACCUGAAAAAGGACGACAGUGUCUCCCAGAGCAGCUCGGAUGCUGGGCUUGGCAGUGACCAUGAAAGUGACACCUUGACAAUAGACGUCUCUGUUAUCUCCAACCUCAUUAUGAAGCAUGUUCCUGAGGCCAGGCUGGUAGAGGAGAUUGGCCAUGAGUUAACUUACAUCUUGCCAUAUGAAGCUGCUAGAGAAGGAGCUUUUGUGGAGCUGUUCCAUGAGAUCGACGACCGUCUCUCUGACCUGGGCAUUUCGAGUUACGGCAUCUCGGAGACUACCCUGGAGGAGAUCUUUCUCAAAGUGGCUGAAGACAAUGGGGUGGAUGCGGAGACCUCAGAUGGCACAUUACCUGCAAGAAGGAACAGGCGUGUCUUUGGAGACAGACAGAGCUGCCUUCAUCCGUUCACAGAAGAUGAUGCUUUCGACCCUAAUGAUUCAGAUAUAGAUCCAGCAGAAUCCAGAGAGACAGACCUGCUCAGUGGGGUGGAUGGCAAAGGCUCCUACCAGAUGAAGGGCUGGAAGCUCAUCCGGCAGCAGUUCGUAGCUCUGCUGUGGAAGAGGCUGCUCAUUGCCAAGCGCAGCAGGAAGGGUUUCUUCGCCCAGAUCGUGCUGCCAGCUGUGUUUGUGUGCAUUGCUCUCAUGUUCAGCCUGAUCGUACCUCCCUUUGGGAAAUACCCCAGCCUGGAACUGCAGCCCUGGAUGUAUGAUGAGCAGUACACUUUUAUCAGCAACGACGCCCCAGACGAUGCAGGCACUCAGAAGCUUGUGAACGCCCUUGUCAAUGAACCCGGCUUUGGGACCCGCUGUGUGGAAGGACACUCCAUUCCAGACACUCCUUGCCUGGUCAGAGAGGAUAAAUGGACCACCGCCUCUGUCCCCGACGCGGUCCUGGACAUCUUCCUGAACGGCAACUGGACCAUGGAGAACCCCUCCCCGGCCUGCGAAUGCAGCAAUGAGAAGAUCAAGAAAAUGCUCCCUGUGUGCCCACCUGGCGCCGGGGGGCUGCCUCUUCCACAGAGAGAACAGAACACUGGCGACAUCCUGCAGAACCUGACGGGCCGGAACGUAUCGGACUAUCUGGUGAAGACCUACGCGCAGAUCAUUGGGAAAAGUUUAAGGAACAAGAUCUGGGUGAAUGAGUUCAGGUAUGGUGGGUUUUCAGUGGGCGCCAGCAGUUCCCUCCUGUUUCCUCCCAGCGAUGAAGUCAGUGAUGCCAUCAAGCAAGUGAAGAAAAUCUUGGAGCUAGCCAAGGGGAGUUCUGGAGAUCAGUUUCUUCACAGCUUGGGAAGCUUCAUGAAAGGGAUGGACACAAAAAACAACGUGAAGGUUUGGUUCAAUAACAAAGGCUGGCAUGCCAUUGGCUCCUUCCUGAAUGUGAUCAACAAUGCCAUCCUCCGGGCCAACCUUCAGGACAGCGAGAAUCCCAGCACCUAUGGGAUCACUGCGUUCAACCACCCGCUGAACCUCACCAAGCAGCAGCUCUCCGAGGUCGCCCUGAUGACCACGUCGGUGGACGUUUUAGUCUCCAUCUGUGUGAUCUUCGCCAUGUCCUUUGUCCCAGCCAGCUUUGUGGUUUUCUUGAUCCAGGAGCGGGUCAGCAAGGCCAAGCACCUGCAGUUCAUCAGCGGGGUGAAGCCGGUGAUCUACUGGCUGGCUAACUUCGUCUGGGAUAUGUGCAACUAUAUAGUUCCAGCCACCUUGGUUAUCAUCAUCUUCAUCUGCUUCCAACAGAAGUCCUACGUGUCCUCUUCCAACCUGCCUGCGCUGGCCCUUCUCCUCCUGCUCUAUGGGUGGUCUAUAACGCCACUCAUGUACCCAGCUUCCUUUGUGUUCAAGAUCCCCAGCACAGCCUACGUGGUGCUGACCAGCGUGAAUCUCUUCAUUGGCAUAAAUGGCAGCGUGGCCACUUUCGUCCUCGAGCUCUUCACCAACAACAAGCUGAACAACAUCAAUGAAAUCCUGAAGUCUGUCUUCCUCGUCUUCCCCCACUUCUGCCUGGGGCGGGGACUGAUCGACAUGGUGAAAAAUCAGGCCAUGGCCGACGCUUUGGAAAGGUUUGGCGAGAACCGUUUUGUGUCCCCUCUGUCCUGGGAUCUGGUGGGACGGAACCUCUUUGCCAUGGCUGUGGAAGGGGCAGUCUUCUUCCUUAUCACAGUGCUCAUCCAGUACAGGUUCUUCAUCAAAGCGAGGCCUGUCAGUGCCAAGUUGUCUCCUGUGAAUGAUGAGGAUGAGGAUGUGACCAGGGAGAGGCAGAGGAUAAUUAGUGGUGGCGGACAGAGUGACAUCCUUGAAAUCAAAGAGCUGACCAAGAUUUAUAGAAUGAAGAGAAAACCAGCUGUUGACCGGAUCUGUGUUGGAAUCCCUCCUGGGGAGUGCUUUGGCCUCCUGGGAGUGAAUGGUGCUGGCAAGUCGUCAACUUUCAAGAUGCUAACUGGAGAUACAGAUGUGACGGGAGGAGAAGCUUUUCUGAAGGGAAACAGUAUCUUAUCUAACAUCCAAGGAGUCCAUCAGAACAUGGGCUAUUGCCCUCAGUUUGAUGCUAUUAAUGAGCUGUUGACAGGGAGAGAACAUCUGGAGUUCUUUGCACUUUUACGGGGUGUUCCUGAGAAAGAGGUCUGCCAGGUUGGCGAAUGGGCAAUUCGUAAACUGGGCCUUGUGAAAUAUGGAGAAAAAUAUGCUGGGAACUACAGCGGAGGGAACAGACGCAAGCUCUCCACUGCUAUUGCCCUGAUUGGGAGCCCUCCGGUGGUGUUCCUGGAUGAGCCAACCACGGGAAUGGAUCCCAAAGCACGCCGUUUCUUAUGGAACUGUGCUCUGAGCAUCAUCAAGGAGGGGAGAUCAGUGGUGCUUACAUCUCACAGCAUGGAAGAAUGCGAAGCCCUGUGCACUCGAAUGGCAAUAAUGGUCAACGGGCGGUUCAGGUGUCUUGGCAGUGUCCAGCAUCUGAAGAACAGGUUUGGAGAUGGUUAUACAAUAGUAGUGCGAAUAGCAGGGGCAAACCCUAACCUGAAGCCCGUUCAGGAAUUCUUUGGGCUUGCCUUUCCUGGCAGCGUCCUGAAGGAGAAGCAUCGGAACAUGCUGCAGUACCAGCUCCCAUCCUCACCAUCCUCUCUGGCCAGGAUAUUUAGCAUCCUCUCCCAGAACAAAAAAAGACUCCACAUAGAAGACUACUCCGUUUCUCAGACUACACUUGAUCAAGUGUUUGUAAACUUUGCCAAGGACCAAAGCGAUGAUGACCACACAAAGGACAUGUCAUUGCACAAAAACCAGACUGUUGUGGACAUUGCAAUCCUUACUUCCUUUCUGCGAGAUGAGAAGGUGAAAGAAAGUUGCGUGUGAGCUACCGUAGGCAAGGACGUGGUGUUGAGCAGAAGGAGGAGACAGCACACCUUCCUUUGCAUGGAAUGGGAUAUUCCCAAAGGCGAAAGCUAGAGGAUACAGAGGGAAAGACGUGAACUGGACACUCUACUGAUAACCAUUCAAUGCAAUGCAAUUCAAUGCAAUGAAAACAAAAUUCCAUUACAGAGGCAGUGCCUCUUGGGAGUCAUUGCCUUGUUGUACUGUUCUCAAGUGACUGACUUGAAUCUAGUUCAUUACAGUAUAACUCUGUGAAACUGUAGUAUGGAACCCAUUGGACACUGUGGGCUUUCAGCCAGACUGUAUUUUGUUCCUACAUCAUAUACUUUUCCUAGGGUUGCAACAAUCGUUCAUUGAGGAAUCAUGGCCAGUGCUUAUUUAUUGAUAUUUUAAAGGUGCGCACGUUCCUACUCUUUAACUUUUUUCAUAUUGGGCGUGGAAUUUCCCUGGUGCUACAUGCAUUGCCGGCAAUGAAUGCACCGAAACAGUCAGUGCCAACCAGUUACCAAAAGGCACAGUGCUGUGGCCUUAUUUUGUGGGGGCAGAACCACUUGACCAGCUACUCUGUGUAAAGAUCUUUAUAGACUGGUGGAGGUCAAUCGGUAAUAAUCCUAGACCACGACGCAUACUGUAUGUAGAUGGUAUGCAGAGAUUUGAUAACCUGUCUCAUCAUCCGCUGCAGGGGUAGCAGUGUGCACAACUGUGAACCUUGCAAAUGUAUGGGACUGUCCCACUAGCAUUGAGACCAAUCACCUGCUUCCUAACUAGCCUUUCUGUAGUUAAGUACUUUGCUGCUCCUCUUGAGGUACCACAGUAGUGCCACUUGGAAGGCUGCAUAGGGACUGCGUAGAGAGCAGUGGAUGAGAAGCAAAACUAGGGAUCAGACUAGAGCAGCAAACUCAGUGGUUGUAUAUGCUGCUAAUGCCCAGAGUACAUUAUAAAACACAAGACAGUCAUGUAGUGUCUACUCUUGAAUUCCCGUUUCAAGGCAGCAGAAAGGUAACCAGCAUCUGAAAUUCUCUAUUGCUUAGCUCAAAUAUGGUGUCAUUUCUGGCUUUGUCACUUAAACUGAAAACCUGAUGAGAUGUAGAUUUUUUUUCAAUAGUAUUAUUUAUGUCCUUAAAAAGGUAGCAUAGUUAGGGUAUGGAAAUGCUUCAAUUUGUUAUAGGCAUGUAACAGGAUCUAUGCAACUCCCACUAGCACUGGCUUCAGCUACAAAAAUUUGCCUGAAACUCUCCUACAUGGAAAUUGAGAAAUGGUUAGAUUAAUGUGAUGUAGUUUCAGUUAUUAGGUGAACCCUAAUUGCAGAAUAUACUUUUGUUCGUGUGGGAAACCACCUCAUUCAAGUUCCCCUUGGGAACAGCACCAUAGUGACAGCAAUCAGUCAUCUAAAUUUCAAAACUUUACCAAAAAAUGUUUAUCAUGGUGAGACUUACUGACACACUCUCUCGUCUGGCUGUGCCUUGGGAGCACAUCUGCACAAAUGUGUUCCUCAGGUACCUUGGCCGUGCUUCAAUACUUAAACCUGUGAUAAAAUAGCUCCUUGCUGAUGCUGGGUCUAACUCUAAGCACAUGAGCAGCCCCACUGACUUCAACAGGGCUACUUGUGCUUUAUGGCCCUUGCUGAACCUGUGCCUCUAAAAUGUAUUUAUUACCUCUUGAUGCUCCUCCAUCAUGACUUGAUUUUUUUCAGUAAAUGCCCUGAAGUCUUACACUAAUAAAUAUGGAAAGUGCCAUGAACUGAAAUUAUCACUUUAACAGCAUUAGGCAAUGUGAUGGUUAUUUAUAUACUUCCAGGCAUCUUGGCAUUGAUAAAUUCAGCAUUUUAUUAAAUGAAGCACUGUGCAAAGGGUUAAGUCUGCCAAUACUCACUGUAUUCCUGCAUUGGAAUAAAGCAAACCAAUCUACAGCUCAGCUGAAGUGCCUUUUACAUUCUGUAUUCAUAAUUUAAUCCACAGAAUACAGUUGCAGAGGGAAAGGACAGAAGAAAGGGUUAGUAUACCUCAUUUCUUAAAGCAUAAUCUGUAUUGUACUUACAAGAACUCAAUCAGACACUUCCCUACAGUAUCCUCAGCGAGUGAUUAAUAUAAAUUAACAGUAUACAUUAUAUUUUCAAGAGCAGAGCUGUUAUAAAUAUUGGGCCCAAUCCUGCAGCUGUAACUCAUACGAUACUAAGGGCUGCAGGAUCUGGGCUACGGUAUGAUUUUCAGAGUCAGUGAACACACUGAACAUUUAAUACCUCUGAAAACCAACACCACAAGUGGCAGUAAUUCACAACAUCAACAGAAAGAUUACAGCAAUAGACUCAAUCCUGCAAUGCACAGAACUACCAGUCAGUAUAAUAGGAAUGUGGGGUGUGUAAGUUUGAGCCCACUGCAAUGGGGUUUAUUUUAAACCCAUACAGAUGGCUGCAGUUUUUUGAUGGAUGAUUUCAUUUGCAGUGGGUAGACAGUGUACACAUUUCUCCUAACCCUGCCAAAGAAGAAAGCCUUGAAGAUUCCUAAGGCACAAUCUGGCUUCUAUGGUAAAAAGAAAGUUACCCUAGAUGUUGAAGGUAACAGGAAUAUUUCACAACUCUUCAGUCCCUGGAGAAAUCUCAGACUUUUGUACAUUUUUUUAAUCUGUAUGGAAUCCAGCCUGUGCCAUACAGUUCUCUCAUACUGCUCUCUCACUCGCUGAAAUGAUUUCCAACGACUUUUUUCUUCCGUUGGAGUUGGAUGUCAGGCAAAAUUAUCCUAGUGCCACACGUGUUACAAUUGUGAACCACUCUGAUAACAGAACUGCAUUGAGGGCAUUUAUGUAUUUGAAACAAUGUUACCACUUACUGUAUGCUAUUAAAUUGUUGCAACCCUUUUUGUAGUAUAUUUGUAUUUCAAUAAGGACUAUACAUGUUAUUUUUCCCAAGAUAAAGUGCUUCUCCCCUUCCUCAUACCCCCCCACCCCGCCCCCCAAAAAUACAGUUGGUCCUUCAUUCCAAGCACUUUAUGCUGUCUGUAAUGGGAUCUAUUUUUGCACUGGAAUAUCUAUUAACUUUGCAAAAUCUAGAGAUUUCACAACAAAACUUUUAAGUUAAAUCUUUCAAUGGACAUUUUCAUUAAAAAUAAAUAUAUAUAUUUGUAUUUGCUAAUAACUGUUUGUGAAGUAUUAGGCAUUUUAAUUGCCUUGUAUUAAGUCAAAAAUAAAGCUGUAACAGCACUGUUCAUCAACAAAA